UGUAAAGUUGUAUUAAUGUCACUUGAUAUAUCAAAAGCUUACGAUUGUGUGAAUCUAAGUAAGUUUAGCCAUACGUUCGAUCGUUUUAACAUACCAGCUGAGAUGUCUUCGUGGAUCUUGAAUUUCUUUCAUAGGCAUGUACUGACUUUGGAGUCAGAAUCGGUGGCUGUGACGGGUGGAAUUCCACAAGGUUCUUGCCUCAGUCCGAUAAUUUUUGACAUAUACACUGCGGCCUUGCAAAUGCUAGGUGAUGAAAAAACAGCAAUCUUUCAAUAUGCAGAUGACUUUUUGCUUUUAUCUUUUGACACCAAUUUUGACAAUGCAGUGAGGAACCUAUCCCACAAGGCAAAUGCUUUUUAUGAAAGAUGUGCGGAGCUAAAUCUUAAAUUUAAUCUCUCAAAAACGCAAGCAAUGUACUUUGCUAACGGGUCUAACAAAAGGCUCAAUAUAAAGAUAAAUAACUUCGAUAUAAGACAAACUAAUUUUAAAAAAUUUCUGGGCAGAUACAUCAACACUAGCCUAACAGUCCAUGAGCAUUAUACAAACAUUAUUAAGGACACCACCUCUAACUCAAAUGGUGUUAAAAUGAUUACAAGCGUCAAUGGAGGUUUAUCUUCUGGACCUGCGGUUAAUUUGUAUAAGGCUCUAGUAAGAGCUAAACUCGAAUACGCGGGAACAACUGCUUGCCACUCAGCCAAAUAUAUAGAUAAGAGAAUUGAAAUAUGUAUUUCAAAACCAACUGCUGCGCAGAUGCUUGGGAUGUACUGCUUCAACUCCCAAUCACAUCGUGUAUGUUCUAUCAGGGGAACUACCCUCUAAACUAAGAGCAAUCUUCCUAACAUCAAAAGAACUCUUGAAUAUAAAAUUUUUGAAUCCUCAACUUUAUGAAGAAGUUGCGCAAGGACCGCACGUAAAUUCGAGCUAUAACUUCUGCUUUAACAAAUAUCACACUAUUUUCAAUAAAGUUGAUAGAAAUGUGGAGUUCAUAGUGUCUAGGAAGUAUAGCGUAGAUUUAAAUAUUUUAACUCCUUUGUCCACAACUAAGUCAAAUGUAUCAAAUGAAAUUAUUAGAACCCUAUGUCAACAACGUGCAGAGUCGUAUAAAAAUAGAAGUUUUGUAAUAUUUGCCACUGAUGCCUCUACUAAUAAUGGAUCCUGUGGUAUAGUGGUAAAUUAAUGGCCCUUUGUCUUCUCUUUCGGCUGAAUUAAUUGCGAUUAAAUGUGCUGUCUUGAUAGCAGCAAAAGGUAAUCUUAAAAAUAUUGUAAUUUUUACUGGCAGCAAGUCUAGCUGUGUUCUUUUAAAAAAGCAACGUAAGAAUAACCAUACAGUUGCCCAAAUUAAUACGAUCAUUGAGGGAUCAUCUAUCGAGUUCUGUGAAUUUGUUUGGGUGCCAGGACAUACCGG